AUGACGGAUACGAGGUACUUUUCGAAAGAUUUCAUGACAGAAUUCAUAAGAGUAUAUAGGGAACAUACAUCUUUAUGGAAAAUCAAGUCUAAAGCGUACAUGAAUAAGAAUUUGAAGAAUGUAGGAAUAACACAAUUGAUUGAAGUGUGCAAGCAAUUCCAAAUAAUGGAGGCGGAUAAGAACUUCGUUAUGAAAAAAAUUCAAUCAAUUCGUGGAUCAUUCAGGAAGGAGCUGAAAAAAAUUGAAGAUUCGCAAAGAAGUGGGGCAUCAGCAGAUGACAUUUACCAACCAACAUUAUGGUACUUUCAAUUAUUACAGUUUACAAUUGAUCAAGAAACAGCUACAGACAGUAUUUCGAAUAUGGAGAGUUCAACCAGCGAAGUUGGUGAUUCUUGUGAAGAAAGGCAAGACCAGCAAAGCAAUAAUGCAGCUCAGAUUGAAGGAGAAAACUCAAAAUCUUGGACAAGUAGAAGGAGACCAUUCAUCCCCAAAAAGAAGUGCAGUUCAUCAGCUUCUGCAAAAUUCGAAAUUAUAGCUGAGAAAAAAUGUGAAUUGCUGGAGAUCGAGACACAAAUCGCAAUAGAGAAAAGAGAGCAAAAUAAAAUAGAAGAUGAGAUGAGAUUGAGGCUAAUGAUACUUCGAGAAGAAGAACAAAUAAUGAAAAAUGAAUUACUGAAAUAUGAGUUGAACAAAGUCAGAAGUUUAGAGGAUUCGAACUAG